AUGUGUUUCUAUUCCAUAACGAUUUCAAUAGCAGUGUCAGCGUUGUUGUACAUUGGUAUCAAUGCUGCAGCUAUGCUUCCGAACUAUACCACAACAUUUCCGGGUGAUAAAGAUGCAGGUGGCAAAAGUCUGCGCUUCACCAAACCGUUUCAUCUAGCAUAUUUUGAUAAUUUUAAUGUUGAUGUUCCCAGUAAUAGCAAUCUCUACAACCGGUUCCAUAUUACUGAUACAGCCCGCUGUUUCUCCUGUAUGUCGAGGCUCUACGAAGCAGUCUGGCCCGCUCUUUCGUCUAUUUAUAGGAGGCCGAAAAAUUUCACGGAUUUAUGUAACGAAAACAAUCUCGAUCCAGAAGCCGUUCCGUUCACUUAUUGCCCAACAAUUUGCAUACGAAUGUGGGAGGAACCGGCUGUAGCUGGAGUUCGAAUAAGGGGUCAUAUUCGUGGAUGCCUUGAUGAGCUUCUUUAUAACGGCUUCAAUCAAACAAUCGUCAUGUGGUACAGGUGGAUGCACCGCGACUCUUGCCGUCAAUACAGAAAACGUGAACUAUUCAAGUUACCGACCGAAUUAAGCGACGAUAGCUACAUUACUGUGUGCACUUGCUAUGCUGAUUAUUGCAAUGGGAGAUCAUCUGCAACAACAACUGAACGGGCGCUCUUUCACUGUCCACUCUUCUUCGUGCUCUUAUCUUUCCUUAUCGUUCUGUUUCCUAUUCACAGGAUAUCCUUAUCAAUAAUUUGA